AUGCAGCAGCAGAGAUCAAACUCACCUAUACCCAGCUGUGUGUCCAUGAAGAGUGACAGAUCCCUGGACAACCCACCAGAGUUCAAGGACGGAGACUUUCCUCCUGAACACAGCUCCAUACCGCAGCAGCAGAGAUCCAACUCACCCAUACCCAGCUGUGUGUCCAUGAAGAGUGACAGAUCCCUGGAUGCACCACCAGAGUUCAAGGGCAGAGACUUUCCUCCUGAACACAGCUCCAUACAGCAGCAGAGAUCAGACUCACCUACACCCAGCUGUGUGUCCAUGAAGAGUGACAGAUCCCUGGAUGCACCACCAGAGUUCAAGGACGGAGACUUUCCUCCUGAACACAGAUAUGAAUCUACAUUGGGUGAGACUGAAGACCAUGAGAGGUUCAAAUCAAAACUGAGACAGAAGCAUCAGUGUGUUUGUAAAGGUUUAACAAAGCAGGGAAACCCUACACUUCUCGAUGAGAUCUUCACAAACCUAUACAUUGUUCAGGGUAAAUGUGAAGAAGUCAAUAAUGAACAUGAGGUCAGACAGAUUGAGACAGCAUCCAGGAGAACAGCAACAGAGGACACACCAAUCAAAUGCAAUGACAUAUUUAAACCCUUACCUGGACAAGACAAACCCAUCAGAACUGUGCUGACAACAGGAGUCGCUGGCAUUGGAAAAACAGUCUCUGUACAGAAGUUCAUUCUAGACUGGGCUGAAGGGAAGACCAAUCAGGAUAUCCACUUCAUCUUUCCACUUCCUUUCAGAGAGCUGAAUUUGAUGAGGGACCAAAAACACAAUCUAAUGAGUUUACUUCACGGCUCCUCCAUGGAAUGUGAAUUGUUUGACAAUAAUAAGUAUAAAGUUCUUUUCAUCUUUGAUGGCCUAGAUGAGGGCCGACUUCCUCUGGAUUUCCAGAACAAUGAGACAUUGAGUGAUGUAACAGAAUUAACCUCAGUGGAUGUGCUGCUGACCAACCUCAUCAAGGGGAAUCUGCUUCCCUCUGCUCUCAUCUGGAUAACCUCCCGACCAGCAGCAGCCAAUCAAAUCCCUUCUGAGUGUGUUGACCAGUUCACUGCAAUACAAGGCUUCAAUGACUCUCAGAAGGAAGAAUAUUUCAGGAAGAGAAUCAGCGAUCAAAAUCUAGCCAGCAGAAUCAUCUCACACAUGAAGUCAUCAAGGAGCCUGUACAUCAUGUGCCACAUACCCGUGUUUUGUUGGAUUUCAGCCACUGUUCUAGAGAGAAUGUUGGGUAAAAAUGACAGUGGAGAGAUCCCUAAAACUCUGACUCAGAUGUACACACACUUUCUGUUCAUUCAGAUCAAAGUCGUACGAGACAAGUUCAGUGAGAGCGAAGAGACAGAUAAAGAAAUGAUCUUCAAACUGGGACGACUGGCUUUUCAGCAGCUAAUGAAAGGCAAUCUGAUCUUCUAUGAGGAAGACCUGAGACACUGUGGCAUUGAUGUGAAAGAAGCAUCAGUGUACUCAGGAGUGUGCACCCAGAUCUUUAGAGAGGAGUUAGGGCUGUACCAGGGGAAGUUGUACUGCUUCGUACAUCUGAGCAUUCAGGAACAUCUUGCAGCUCUGUAUGUUUAUCUUUCCUUUGUCAAUGAGAACAAAAUAGUAAUUAACCAGGGUCCACUCUCUGUGAUUGGAACUAAGAUCAAAGGUGUUACAGUUUCUGCCUUACACAAAAGUGCAGUGGAUCAAGCCCUGAAGAGUAAGAAUGGACACAUGGAUCUUUUCCUCCGCUUCCUUCUGGGCCUUUCACUUGAGUCCAAUCAGAUUCUCUUACAGGGUCUGUUUACACAGACAGGAAACAGCUCACAGGGCAAUAAAGAAACAGUCCAGUACAUCAAGAAGAAGAUCAGAGAGAAUCGAUCUCCAGAGAAAGUCAUCAAUCUGUUCCACUGUCUGAAUGAACUGAAUGACCAUUCACUUGAGGAUGAAAUUCAUGAAUGUUUGACCUCAGGAAAUCUAACUGAGGCAAAACUCACGACUUCUCAGUGGUCUGCUGUGGUCUUUGUAUUACUAACCUCAGAAAAAGAGCUGGAUGUGUUUGACUUGCAGAAAUAUAUAAAAAAAUAUACAAAUAUGUCAGGUUUCACACAAGAUGAAGUUCUACUGAAGCUGCUGCCAGUGGUUAAACUAUCUAGAAAAUCCAAUCUGAGUGGUUGUGUCCUGACAGAAAGAAGUUGUGGAGCUCUAGCCUCAGCUCUCAGUUCACACUGCUGCAGUCUGAGAGAGCUUGAGCUGAAUUACAAUAACCUGCAGGAUUCAGGAGUGAAGCUGCUCUCUGCUGGACUGCAGAAUCCUAACUGUAAACUGGAGAAGCUGAGACUGAGGGAUUGUAACCUGACAGAGCAAAGCUGUGCAAUUCUGACCUCAGCUCUCAGUUCAAACCCCAACAGUCUACAAGAGCUGGACCUAAGUCACAACAAUCUGCAGGAUUCUGGAGUGAAGAAGCUUUCUGUUGCCCUGGAGAACCCUCACUGUAAACUGAAGAUACUGAAGCUGCGUGACUGUAAACUGACAGGGGAAGGUUGUGCAACUCUGGCCUCAACUCUCAGUUCAGACCCUUCCAGUCUGAGAGAACUGGACCUGAGUGUGAAUAAUCUGCAGGAUUCAGGAGUGAAACUGCUCUGUGCUGGAGUGCAGAGCCCUCACUGUAAACUGGAGAUACUGUGUGUGGACAGCUGUGGUGUCGGUGAUGAAGGCUGUGCUGUUCUGGCUUCAGCUCUGAGAUCAAACCCCUCACACCUCAGAGAGUGUCACCUGAAUUCAAAUCUCAUGAGCGACUCAGGAAAGAAUCUUCUCUCUGCUCUACAGGAUGAUCCACGUUGUAAACUGGAGAUAUUAGAGUGA